GCUGUUGUUGGAGACACUUCAGGAGUUCACGAUGUUGUUUGUAACAGCCUGCCGGUGUUUAGAUCUGUUUGUUGUUUUGUCUAUGCUGUUUCCGUUUAUCCACGCGAACCGGAUUAUCACAGACAGACCGGACCACCAGAAGUCCACCACCACGACCGGGCUCGGGGUGAAGGAGCACUCACAGAUUGUUGCCCAGCACAAUAGGCUGCGCAGCCGGGUCAAACCCAUGGCAGCUAACAUGCAAAAAAUGGAGUGGAAUGAGACGUUGGCCUUACUUGCAAAAGAGAGGGCAGCAUCGUGUGAGAGAGACCCCUACCCUGAGCACUCCUCAUCUUUCAUUCACAUUGGCUGGAACACACAUCUUUCUGCUUAUGGUGUCACCUCAUUUUCUGACGUCAUUCACUCUUGGUUUGAGGAAUGGAAAGAUUUUCUCUACUUAAGUGGGCAAUGUAGAGAGAAUGCCACAUGUCAACACUAUACGCAGUUGGUGUGGGCCACUUCCAGUCACGUUGGCUGUGCCAGCCAGCUGUGUCUGAGAGAGGGAGACCUCUGGGAGAGAUUUGUCUGUGCAUAUUACCCUGGGGGUAACUGGGAGGUGAAUGGUUGGCUUGUGAUGCCCUACAAGAAAGGGGUGUACUGCUCUCUCUGCACCUCUUCCAUGUCUGGCUGCUUUAGACUGUGGGACCAUGUAGGUGGAUUAUGUGUGUUUUUUCUCUCAGAGAUUCCAAGGAAUCCGUGUCGUAUGAGCUGUGGCCAGCACGGCCAUCUUAACAUCUCAUCCUGCAAGUGCAAGUGUGACCCUGGCUUCACCGGACGCCUCUGUCAGGUGCGGUGCAGGGUGCAGUGUGUACACGGUCGUUUCAAAGAAGAAGAAUGCUCUUGCUUGUGUGAUGUUGGCUAUGGUGGUGCUGAGUGUGCUGAGAAAGUGCAGUUUCCCUUCCACCGCUGUGAUGUGAUGAUAGAUGGUAACUGCUUCAUGGUGUCUUCGGAAGCUGAUACCUACUAUGGAGCCAAGAGUCAAUGUAAGGAACGAGGCGGCACUCUAGCUCACAUCCACAAUCAGAAGGUUCAGGACAUCCUGGCAUUUUAUCUCAGUCAACUGGAGACAAAUAACGAGGUCACCAACGUUGACUUUGAGACAAGAAACUUCUGGAUUGGUUUGACAUAUAAGCCUCUGAAAGAUUCAUUUCGCUGGGACACAGGAGAGAUGCCCCGAUUCAGCAGCUUUGCCUUUGGGCAACCUGACAACCAAGGUUUUGGAAACUGCGUGGAGCUGCAGGCAUCAAGUGGCUUUAACUGGAACGACCAGCGCUGUAAAACACAAAACCGAUACAUUUGCUUGCAUGCUGCAGAGCACAUUGUCCGGUGGGAAGAAGGCAGGUGACCCGUCUCAAAGGGGUGAAACUAUGUGUGCAGUACAUGGUUGGGACAAUGGUCACUGUUGUUGCUAUAUGCUUUGUCAAUCAUUGUACAUGUACUGUAUAUACUGUUGGUCUAAUGCAAAUGUUUUAACAUUAAAUAGUUGUAUGUUACGAGAAAA